GAGGAGGUCUGGUGUGCGCUGAGCAGCAGCAGCAGGUCUGAUGAUGGUGAUGAUGAUGAUGGUGAUGAUGAUGGUGUGAGUCAGACAGCCGAGGAUUCAGGCUGCUCACAGCCGCUCCGGAGUAGACAAACCCCGCAAACACACACACACUCACAGGGAACGACGGAGAGGAUCCGCGGAGAUAAGCUUACAGAUCGUAGAGCCAGAGAAGCAGGUGAACUGUAGUUCCCAGAAUGCCAGAGCAGAGUAAUGACUACCGGGUGGUGGUGUUCGGUGCCGGCGGGGUGGGGAAGAGCUCGCUGGUGCUUCGGUUCGUGAAAGGCACCUUCAGAGACACCUACAUCCCCACAGUCGAGGACACCUACAGACAGGUGAUCAGCUGUGAUAAGAGCGUCUGCACGCUGGAGAUUACUGACACAACAGGAAGUCACCAGUUUCCCGCCAUGCAGCGUCUGUCUAUCUCCAGAGGCCAUGCCUUCAUCCUAGUGUACUCCAUCACCAGCCGCCAGUCACUGGAGGAGCUCAAACCCAUCUAUCAACAGGUUUUGGCCAUUAAAGGCAGCGUGGAAUCCAUUCCCAUCAUGCUUGUGGGCAACAAAAGCGAUGAAACGGCUCAGCGUGAGGUGGAGAUGAAGGAAGGUGAGGCUCAGGCGGCUGCCUGGAAGUGUGCCUUCAUGGAGACGUCGGCCAAGACAAACACCAACGUCAAGGAACUGUUCCAGGAGUUGCUGGCCCUAGAGAAGAAGCGGGACAUGAGCCUGAGCAUCGACGGGAAACGGUCGGGAAAACAGAAACGAGCUGACAAGCUGAAGGGAAAGUGCAGUGUCAUGUAGAGCAGCUGGCAGCUGCAGAGGACUCACUGCAAAGGACUCACAGACUUUAGAGUCUGUCUGAAUGCUAGAGCCCAAAUGAACAAAAUGACUAAUAACUUAAAAUGGAAUCUGGAAUAUUUGAAUAUUUAUAUCAAGACCUCGGGCUCCUGCUACACCUGACAUGGAUUGUGUUUAUGGUCUAAACUAUUUGUAAAAAAAGCAAACAAAAAAACUUUUUACACACUCAACUAACUCCUGCCACUAUUAACAAUUACAUGAAAGAGUAAGGAGUACUUCACUAAUGUCAUUGUAAAUGUUGAGCCAAAAAUCAGAUUAUGGUUAAGCUCGAGUUUGUUCCAGCAGUUCCUACAGGACCAACCCAACUGGUCCUGACAGCUUUAUUUUAGAGAUGAUCUUAUUUUCAGCUCAUUAUGUUUCUGGGACUCGACAACAUUAGACUUGCAUGAUUCUUAGUUCACAGAAACUCAUUGUAUACUGGCCCUUUAUAGAGCCCCUCAGUUCUGUCUAAAACCAGCUCUCUCCUCCAUGGUUUGUAAAGGUCCCUUUCUCUCCGAGUCCUUUGUGUGAAUUGGCCCACUGUUGGAAGCCUGCCGAGGGGCAGCAUGCAAUGCUUGUGUGCAGAUGACUGUGUAAACAAAAAGAAAACAGUUAAAACCCAAACACACACACAAACAACAACCUAGGGUGGACUUAAAGGACUAUAGCCUUCACAGGGUCACCUGUGCAGCCAGGUGAGCUAUAGUGGUACCCUGGAUAUCAAUUAAUUUAACAUGACCUCCUACAACACAAGAUGGUACAUCUCAAGGAGUUUAUCCCAAUAAAUACAUGUUCAAAUGUUUAUGUAACAAAGUAAGAAAAAGCAGAGUAGUUCCUGUGUAAGAUUUUAUUUUUCGGCAUGCUGCUUAAAAUAGUGGAAAUAAAACCAGCGCAGCAGGCUUCACACUUAAGCUAAGUUUAAGUACACAACCAGAAAGCACUAGUUUUUAAAAUCUAACAGUUAUUAACUAUUAACCAUUAGCUCACAAGAAUGAUGAAACUCUUUUGGCCUGCUUUCACUUGUCCCCCGUUGGCAUUCUAGCAACAUGCAAUGAUGAGCAAGAAACCCAGGAACUGGAUGGAACAUGUUAGCAUGCUAAAUCUGAUGUUGCAGAAUAUGAACUCAGUGAUACUACAUUUACUUUAGUCAUCUGUAUGACAUGCUCAACACUAGUAUUUGGGGCUGUCAGGUUUGCUAAAACAUGCUAGCAUGCUAAUAUAUUAGGCAUUCCCAAAAAGAACAUUUGUGGCUGCUUGCUGCCCCCUAGUGGCAGAGGGGAGCAUGGUUUACGUUUUUGAAAUCCUGUGGCACUCUUGAUUGGCUGCCUCAGGACUAUUCAUCACAUAUAUACCAGACAUUUAUUCUCCGUCCUGCAGAUAGGGCAGAAAAAUAAUUAAAUAAUCCUUUAUCUAAGAAGUCUAACUGCUUUUCUAUUGUGAUUCCCUCCUUGGUGGCCGUGGCUGUUUUUUUUAUCUUGGAGCUCAGCUUUCUGCUGUGAUUAGAUCUUCAACAUGCAAGCUAACAGUGUUUAGCCUCUGAACUCUCAGCUGACGGACUGCAGUGGAAACAUCAGAUUUCACCUUAACUCAGCAGGAAACUACAAAACGGCUUCAGUGAUUUUCCAACUGGCCUUUUGCACUGUUUUCAUUUUCAUCAAACACACAGAAAACAAAACAUUGUUAGCAUUAGUGGGGAGGUGCAGGGAAGCAUGCAGCUACUGUAUAAGUGAUUUAAAGGAACAAUCCAAAAUAUCUGGAAGCACCUUUUGUAGUGGUUCAUCUCUGCGUGUCCAACACAGAGAUGGAGCCAGGACGUGUUUAGUCUAGCUUAGCACAAGGACUGGAAGCAGCAGGGGAAACUUCCAGCAAACCUAAGAUAAUGAACUGUGCUGUCUUAUGCUUAUGCAAUGCUAACUCACUAUCUGUUAGUGUUGAUAGUUUUUAGAUGCUUUUAAUUAAUUAAUUCCAAAACUACUUUUGUGGUUCUUAAAAGAUCAGUUAUUUUCACACACCAGGGUCAGGACAGAGAGGCAAACAUUAUUAAAACAGGUCCACUCUGCUAGUUUCUAGCUCUGUAUUUUUAUUGUGAGCCUCAGUUUCACAGUGAUCGUUAUUGAUCACAGGCCUUGGUGCCAUUCCUCAGUUAAUCGUCCGUCUCAAAUAAGCUGUUUUAGCUCCUUCCCCUGCAAUGUAGCUUUCCUCUGAUUGGCUGACCCUGACUUUGGAUGCUUUUAAAUAAUUAAUAUACGUUACUAUUAAAAUGAAAAGGAAACAGUCAUUUCUCUACCAAGGACAGGGUUACAUCUUUUACCAUCUUACAGUGCAGGAUUUUCCCAGGUCUUUUUAGACAGUACUCACGGCCACUGAUCAGUGGUCAUGACAGUUUACAUAUUAAUAAAAAGAAACUGACCUCAAAGCUCAGGUUAGUCAGUAAUGCUAAUGUUGGUCAUUAUUCAAAUAGGAAACCUGCGGCUUAGAAGACCAUAAGACUCAAAUAUUAUUUUCAAUGUGGCAGAAACUGUGAAACAGUUGUCUGUGCAUCUCUGAGUGCAUCAAACAGGAGCUUUGCAUAAAUAUGUGCACGUAGCUGCACUGCCUGAGCUUGUGAGAUGCAUCUCUGCCGUCAUUUCGCUCCGGGGUCUGACACAGAGAUCUGACUCACUCCUAUAUGUAAUAUCAAAUGUUUGUGCUGACUUUUGAUAUUCCCAUGAAAGUAAUGUCACAUCUAAGGAACAAGAAGUCCUGUUCCAAAGCUGAGAAUGUGUUUUACAAAAUUUACCAGCGUGUUAAAGCUAAAAUAUCACAGUAACUAAUUCUUCUUUUAAGCUGACUUCAUGUUAACUGACUGUCCUGAAAAAGAAUCAAACUAAGCAAACAUUUUAUUUAAAAUAACCAGAAACAUGUGAGACGUGUCUCGAUCAGCCAUGUCACUGGACCUGUUAGAGUGUACCAAACUCCAAAAUUUGCAUGUCACACCCCUUUUGCCACUCAGAUUUUCAUAUUUUCACCUGAGUUUCUUACUCAAGGUGCUUUUUACAUUAUUUUAUGGUUCAGAAUCCAACACACAGAUGCAGGAGACAGAGCCACAGGUCGUCUGAGUAAAUCCUGAACCACCGUAAACAACAUUAUUUUUGAGUGUGUCGUAGAGGAGCUUUGUGUAACCAGUGAGAACUAUAAGAGUUCGCUUCAGGAGAUGUGACUGAAACAGUAUUACUGGCACUACUAUACUGACAGCCUUUUAUCAAAUGAAUAUAAAAAACCCGAUGGGUUCAGACUUCUUCCACAUGGUUUAUAAUUUUACACUGACAUCAUUCAGAAAGCAUGUGUAGUUUACUAGUUUAGCCCCCAUCGUGGGAUUUUGAGUGAUUGCUUUUAUUAUUAUAAAAAUACUAUUAAUUUAAGAAUGAAUAUUUGAAGUUUGAUACUUGUAUCCACCUGUGAAAGAAGUUUUAUGCUGCAUGAUUGUAACAUAGUUCCAAUAUUGAUUUUAGACACUAUACUUUGGAACUCUUAUGGUUACUCGUAAUAAACAUUUUAGGAUGAAAACUUUUAAAACCACACGUUAAACGUAUCCAAGUAGCUUUUCUAAUAAUUACAGUUUUUGCCCCAUAACAAAUCAUCCUGUUUAAAAAUCACAUCUCUCUGAACAUUAUGGCAGUCAUACUGGCGCAUCAUUGCAAUGACCAGCAGUGACCAGUACAACAUCUCUUUGUACAUAUUUGUGCUGUUCGUGCUACUUUAAACAAACACUAUUUUUGCCUGAACAAAAUCCAGGCUGACGUAGUGAAAGCAGGUGUAGCUGUGUACAAAUGAAACUAUAGCAGGACAUUAGAGACACAGCUCGGUGGAGCUAUGCUAAUUCCUUUCAUGUAUUUCUGUGUUCAUACUAGCUCCCAAACAGUGCGGAUUAUUAACACUGAGCAGGGCAGGGAACAUGAAAACGCUGGUGUUGGACUGAUUUUAUGGGAAUCCUCGUUUCCCCACUUUGCUGAUCCACAGUGGGAGCUAAACUGGAAUUUUGUGUACCUUGUGCUAAGCUAGCCUUUAUAUUUAAUACUCUUGAAGACCUCAGAUAUGUAUUUUCUCAUCACACCAACAGGAUUUCUAAAUGUUGGGCUGUUCCUUUACCUGGCAUGAAAGCUGACCGUGCUACAUUCAAAAUGCCUUUCCUUCCAUUUUACUUGACAAUUUAUAAUCUGAAAAUAAGUGAGCUUAAAAACUUUACGAAGCACAAACACUAGAACACGUUAGACGAGCUCAUGUUAUGUACACGUCAGCUUUGUAUUUAAUUUCACUGUAUAAAGCUUUUCAUCAUGCUGUGUUCUUGAACUGUCACCAUGCCUCACUGUUAGCUGUGUUCAGCUUUAGCAAUAUCAGAAACGGCUGCACUUUGUACGUGGGCAGUAGAAAUAACUCUCAGCAGUUUAUUGAUGCCAAUAAAUUCUUUUAUCAGCAAA